UAAAUGAAACAUGAUACUUCGCGGUACUCAGAAGAUUUGAACAACAUGUCUCGGAAGGAAAAUUCACUGAUAAUCUUUCAUACGUGUUUUACUGUUUUGUAUUUUGCAAAAAACUAAAUAGACUUUCCAAAUUAUUCAAGUUUCUAUACAUUGAACGAUUUAUUGAAUAUAAAAGUUAAGAAAAUAAACCAGAGCGUUGACUGUUAAGUAUCAAUAAAUAAACAUACUUUCAUAAGGAGCUUGAUCUUUGUCUUAUUGUUUGACGAGGAAUAGACAUUUUUGUUCGUUUUUGAAACAUUUUUCACUGCUUGACAAUGAGUGAAAUUACGACAAAAGUUGCUGAAAAGUAUAAGUAUUUAUUCAAAGGUUACUGUUUUAAUUUUGAAGGAUUGAAAGAGAAAACGAAAGCAGGUUUCGUUAAAUUAGUUAAGGAUAUGGGAGCUGAGGUUUCAGAUGAUGCUCUAUUCACUUUUGUGGAACUAUCUUAUUUUCAAAAGCAAGAAAAUAUGAAGGAAAACUUGUACGACAUCAAUUACAUCGUUAAAGCUGUAGAGACCAUGGAUUCCUCCAAUUUACAUAAUUACAAGCUUAUCCCUACUCACAAUCAUCAAGUAUCAAAUCUGGAACCGUCCUGCUAUGCUUCAAAGUUUGUCUUUAAGACUGAUUCAUGUCACAAAUGUUAUUAUGAAAUUGUUUUUUGCAAAGAAUGUGCUAAAAGUAAUAUAGAAUCUCAAAAAGAAACUAAUGAAGAUUAUAGAUCUGUUAAAAGUUUAGGUAUCAAGGAUUCAAAUUUUGAAAGUACAGAUAAAGUAGCAAAUUUUCCAAGUCAUUUUAACGAUGAAGAACAACGCAAAUCUAUUCAUAUAACUAAAAGUCCUCCUAGAAAAAGAUCAAAAAAUUCAAGUAGUUUAAAUGAAACAGUCUAUGAUUGUACAUUGCUUCAAAACAGUGUUGAAUACGACAGUGAUGAGAAUAAUACAGAUUUUUUAAAUAAAUCUUAUGAAGAAUCGAGAAAAGAGAAAUUUAAGGAAAUUCAUAAUGAAAUAAAGCAAAAAGUAGUUAAAAAAAAUAGUAAUGCAAACAGUUUAGAAGAUGAUAAUUAUUCAAGUGAUUCCAGUAUCCAUGAGAAAAAGAAACAACUACCAACGUUUAAUAAAGGUGACUCUGGAUGGAUUUAUUCUUUACCAAACAAAAUAGCUCCUAAAAAAACAGAAAUGACAUUUAAGUUAUCUGAUCAAAAAACUCAAGAGAUUUUUGAUGAAGAGGAUAACGCUUACUUCGGGAGACAUAAAUGGUGGCUACCUCAUGAAAUUCCUGAAAAAGAAAGAUGUACCUUCCCAGCAUGCUCUUAUGAGCCUGUAGCUCAUCCAACUCAUUUUCUACCAAGGAAAUUUCUUUCAUUAGUAGAAAAGAAAAUUCUUGUAAAGUAUCUUAUUAAUAAAAAUGGAAUAGCACAUAGCAAAGGAAAAAUAAUUUAUGAAAAAAUGAUUUCAGAUGGGUAUUUAGUUCAUCGUUCUUGGGAAACUCUCAGGAAUUGUUUUCGUCGAACAAUUAUAACAGAAAUAACAACCUAUAAAUUAGAUCCAAAGAUUUUGAUUCAAUUUUUAGCACUAUCAGACAAAACCAUCGUACUAGCAAAAGAGGAACGAAAAUGAUUCAUAUUUUUUAAUAAUAUAAAUUAAGUAUUUAAAUCAUGGUUAAGAAAAAGUAUAGUUUUCAAAGUAUUUUUAUAAUGAAUAAUAAAAUAUAAAUUUAUAAAUAUAAAAU